AUGUCCACGUUCGGCUCCCACUUCCGCGUCACCACCUGGGGCGAGUCGCACUGCGCCUCGGUCGGCUGCAUCGUCGACGGCGUGCCCCCCGGCAUGGCCCUCACCGCCGCCGACGUCCAGACGCAGCUCUCGCGCCGCCGUCCGGGCCAGUCAAACCUCACCACGCCCCGCGACGAAAAGGACCGCGUCGAGAUCCAGUCGGGCGUCGAAAAGGACGUCACCCUCGGCACCCCGCUCGCCAUGCUCGUCCGCAACCAGGACCAGCGCCCGCACGACUACACCGACGAGACCCUCGACCUCUUCCCGCGCCCCUCGCACGCAGACUUCACCUACCUCGAAAAGUACGGCGUAAAGGCCAGCAGCGGCGGCGGAAGGAGCAGCGCCAGGGAGACCAUCGGCCGCGUCGCUGCCGGCGCCGUGGCCGAAAAGUACCUCCGCGAGGCCUACGGCAUCGAGAUCGUCGCCUUUGUCUCGAGCGUCGGCAAGGUCCACGUCCCAAGAUACCCGGGCGAGCAGCUCGCACCCUCGCAGCCCAACACCGCCGCCCCUGUCGCCGCCAACGGCGACGAGGGCAAGAGCUUCUACGGCGAGGCGGCCAACGCCGGUCCGCCGCAGGGCAAGGUCGACAACAUCUACAACACCGACAGCCUUACCGAGGAAGAGGCCGAGGAGCCCCUGUCCAAGGAGUUUAGGCAGCUGCUGGCCACCAUCACCCGCGAGCAGGUCGACCAGAACCAGAUCCGAUGCCCGCACGAGGAGGCGGCCGAGAGGAUGCGGCAGCGCAUCCUCCUGGCAAAGGCCAACAACGACUCGAUCGGCGGCACCGUCACCUGCAUCAUCCGCCGCGUCCCCAGCGGCCUGGGCGAGCCCUGCUUUGACAAGCUCGAGGCCAAGCUGGCGCACGCAAUGCUCAGCAUCCCCGCCACAAAGGGCUUCGAGAUCGGCUCGGGCUUCCGCGGCACCGAGGUCGCCGGCUCCCGGCACAACGACAAGUUCAUCCUCAAGGACGACGGAAGGCUGGGCACCGUGACCAACUGGUCCGGCGGCAUCCAGGGCGGCAUCUCGAACGGCGAGGACAUCUACUUCCGAGUCGGCUUCAAGUCGCCGGCGACGAUCUCGCAGAACCAGGCAACGUCGCGCUACGACGGCACCGACGGCACGCUCAACACGCGCGGCCGCCACGACCCGUGCGUGGUGCCGCGCGCGGUGCCCAUCGUCGAGGCCAUGUCGGCGCUCGUCGUCAUGGACGCGCUCCUGGCCCAAGACUCGCGCAGCCUGGCCGCCACCAGGCUGAGCCGGGAGCCCGUCGCCGCCCUGCCGCAGAGCAUGCGGAUGCCCGAGGGCAAGAAGAGGAAGCAGAUGGAGACCGAGGAGGUCGAGAAGAGCCAGCAGGCCUAG